AUGUUUGUGGAUGGCCGCCAGCGUGAUGCUUCAUUCCAGCGGCAAACGGGCUAUGCUCAGCAGCAGGAUCUCCAUCUCCACACCUCCACCGUGCGCGAAGCACUAGUCUUCAGUGCCCUACUCAGACAACCUCACCAUAUUUCACGCAAGGAAAAGCUCGACUACGUCGAUGAGGUGAUCAGCUUGCUCAGUAUGGAGGAGUAUGCUGACGCCAUUGUUGGUGUACCAGGAGAAGGGUUAAACGUCGAGCAGCGAAAACGUCUGACAAUUGGAGUGGAGCUUGCAGCACGUCCGAAGCUGCUUAUCUUCCUUGAUGAGCCCACCUCCGGCUUAGACAGUCAGACUUCGUGGUCUAUCUGUAACUUGAUGGAGAAAUUGACUCGCAGCGGGCAGGCCAUUCUCUGCACCAUCCAUCAGCCCUCAGCAAUGCUCUUCCAGCGAUUUGAUCGAUUGCUUCUCUUGGCGAGAGGUGGUAAGACAGUAUACUUUGGAGAAAUCGGUGAGAACUCAAAGGUUCUGAUGGACUACUUCGUCAAAAAUGGCGGAGAGCUCUGUCCAGCUAUGGCGAAUCCAGCCGAGCACAUGUUGAAAAUCAUUGGAGCAACUCCCGGGCAACACACUAAUAUUGACUGGCAUGAGACUUGUCGCAAGAGUCCGUAG